AUGGAAAACAUCGAAUCGGCUACAAUACAACACUAUUGGGAUACAGCAGUUAAGCUUAACGAGGUGUCUCCAGAGCUAUCUGCUUCGAUGCUUCGUGAAAUGAUGGAAGAAUUAAGAGAAGAAAGAAAAGAUAUCCCUCCUUACUUCAAGAAAAUGUUUUGCUUUAAAUGCUUUUCAUUAUUCCAUUUGGGUGAAAACUGUCAAGUUACAAUUGGAGGAAACAGUAAACAUCCAAAUAUAAAAUACAUCGAAUAUAACUGUUCUAAAUGCAAAAAUAUUCAACGAAUUAAUGUACAAAGAUCUAAAGAAGCACCUAAACCUAUUCCUCCACCAACUAAACAGCAAAAUCCAAAACAAAAUCAAAAGAACGAUAGAAAGAGAAAAAUAAUGAUGAGUAUAUUCCAGUAA